AGAAAUUUAUGGCUAUGCUCACUACUUGCAUAUGAAUUUUUUACAACCACAUAAAGUUAAAUAUAUGUGGGAAGAUAUUAUAUGCAAAUAUUGGCCUUGGGCUCUACGUGUUACAUCGGAAGAAAAUCAAAAUGCGCUAAAAAAUAUUGCACCAGCACUGUCUAUAAUGCAUGGGAAAUCACACAGUUGGUCAUGUCAGGUUAUUUGGAGCGGAAGAUGGCAAAGUGGUGCGGCAGCAACUGCUGGCGAAGAAGUUGAGCAAAUAAAUUCGUAUUUGUCAAGACUUGGCUCGACUACUAAAAAUAUGACGGCCUCCGGACGAGAAGAAUGCAUUACUGAACACCUUCUGAGUUGGAACAAGCGAAAAAUUUUAAACUUGGCAAAAUCACUUGUUAUUCGAAUGAAAAAGGUUACACGUUGUAUAUAUCUUCAGUUAAUUGUCAAAAUUAUAGCUACGUACGUGUAUAAUAUGAAAUGAAUUUACAGCUCAUAGUUGUGUAUAGGUCUUGUUU